AUGUCUGGACAGGCUGUUGCUGAUAUCGGUUUGAUCGGUUUGGCCGUUAUGGGUCAGAACUUGAUCCUUAACAUGGCUGACCACGGAUUCACCGUCUGUGCCUACAACCGUACCACCUCCAAGGUCGACGCUUUCCUUGACAACGAGGCCAAGGGCAAGGCCAUCGUCGGUGCUCACUCCAUCGAGGAGCUCUGCUCCAAGCUCAAGCGCCCAAGGCGUGUCAUGCUCCUCGUCAAGGCCGGUGCCGCCGUCGACUCCUUCAUCGAGCAGCUCUUGCCUUUCCUCGAGAAGGGUGACAUCAUCAUCGACGGUGGUAACUCCCACUACCCCGACACCAACCGUCGCUGCGACUACCUCGCCGAGAAGGGCAUCUUGUUCGUUGGUUCCGGUGUCUCUGGUGGUGAGGAGGGUGCCCGUACCGGUCCUUCCCUCAUGCCCGGUGGUGCCAAGGACGCUUGGCCUCACUUGAAGGAUAUCUUCCAGUCUUGCGCUGCCCAGACUGACGGCGAGCCCUGUUGUGACUGGGUCGGUGACCAGGGUGCUGGACACUACGUCAAGAUGGUUCACAACGGUAUUGAGUACGGAGACAUGCAGCUCAUCUGUGAGGCUUACGACAUGUUGAAGCGUGGUGUUGGAUUGACCAACCAGGAGAUCGCUGACGUCUUCGAGAAGUGGAACAACGGUGUCCUCGACUCUUUCUUGAUCGAGAUCACCCGCGACAUCUUGAAGUUCACUGACGACGAUGGUACUCCCCUCGUUGAGAAGAUCAUGGACACCGCUGGUCAGAAGGGUACCGGUAAGUGGACCGCCAUCAACGCUUUGGACCUCGGUAUGCCCGUCACCCUCAUCGGUGAGGCUGUCUUCUCCCGUUGUUUGUCCUCCAUCCGCGAGGAGCGUGGCCGCGCUUCCGAGCGCCUCGCCGGUCCCGUCAUCGACAAGUUCUCCGGUGACAAGGCCAAGAUCAUCGACCAGAUGGAGCAGGCCCUCUACGCUUCCAAGAUUAUCUCCUACGCCCAGGGUUUCAUGCUCAUGCGUGAGGCCGCCAAGGCUUACGGCUGGACCCUCAACAACGCCGGUAUUGCCCUCAUGUGGCGCGGUGGAUGUAUCAUCCGUUCCGCCUUCUUGGGUGACAUCACCAACGCCUACAAAAAGAACGCCGACCUCGAGAACCUCCUCUUCGACGACUUCUUCCACGCUGCCAUCGAGAAGGCUCAGCCCUCUUGGCGCCAGGUCGUUGCUCAGGGUGCUUUGUGGGGUAUCCCCACCCCUGCUUUCUCCACUGCUUUGUCCUUCUUCGACGGAUACAGGGCUAAGCGUCUCCCUGCUAACUUGUUGCAGGCUCAGCGUGACUACUUCGGUGCCCACACCUUCCGUAUCUUGCCUGAGUUCGCUUCCGAGAAGUACCCCAUUGACACCGACAUCCACGUCAACUGGACCGGACGUGGUGGUAACGUCUCUGCCUCUACCUACGAUGCUUAA